AUGAUCAGGGCAAAGAUUCAGCAGUUGGUAGACCGAGGAGUGAUCCGUCAAUCGAUGUCACCGUGGGCUGCCCAGUGCUUGUGCGUUAAGCAAAAGGAUGGUAUGCUGCGACUGUGCAUCGACUGGCGUGAACUCAACAAACUCUUGGUCUCGGAUAGUGGGGGUUUGGGUGACAUGCAGACGAUAUUCGGCGGGUCGAAGGGCAAGAAGUAUUAUUUCACUCAGCUAGACCUCGCCUCCGGUUCUCACCAGAUGAAAAUCGCCGAGAACGACCAUUACAAGACGGCCUUUCGAGAUGCGGAUGGUAUGCGUUGUGAAUUCACUCGCGCGGGUUUCGGCCUGACGGUGCUUCCGGCGGCCUUCACUCGUAGAGUAAAGUCGGCCCUGGGGCAUCUAUUGGGCGUGUUUAGCUGGCCUGACGACAUUCUCAUCGCUAGCGACACAUGGGAAGAACAUUUCGCCACUCUGACGCUCGUUCUGAACCGCCUUCUGGCUGCAGGGUUGUCAGUGAACUUCGCGAAAUGCAUCUUUGGCGGAGCAUCGCAGGAGUUCCUCGGCAUGACCGUUGACAACACGGGCCCUAGCGGUGGCGUUCGCAAGCCACAAACCGAUGCUAGACGCGGGACGGCACGGGAAUGCAGGGGGGUCCUGCGGGCGGUAGACCACUUCCGGCCGUACCUAGCGGGUAGACGUUUCAAACUUGUGACAGACUGUUCUGCCCUCACAUGGUUGUUCCAAAGCCGUGAACUCUGCCCCAAGCUGGACAGGUGGGCGCUUCGGCUGAUGGAGUACGACAUGGAGCUGGAAUGGAAGGCGGGAGUAGAGCACGUAGUGCCCGAUGCUUUGUCCCGGUUGCCCGUUGCGAACCCUGUAGAGGUCGACGUCGACGAUUCGUUUCCGGAUUAUCUGUCGUCCGCUGCUGCAGGCGCUUCGUUAGAGAUCUCUGGACCGGAGUUGAAGGGUGUAAGGCUGGCCGAGUUGGACCCUGUGCAGGUAGACCAAGUAGGCGAUGCUGACUUCCACACCUCUCACCCCACUCCGGAGGUGGCCGACUUCCAACUGUCCGCCCUUCGAGCGUUGCCUUUCGCUGCAUCGCCGGACCCGUACCCCUUCGGUGCGAUUACGACCGAUCGACGACGCGCAGCUGCCCCCGACAAGCGUACGGGAGGCCAUCCCGGAAAGAGAGGCCACGGUCCCACCACGGUGGAAUCCUCCGCUCCGGCGCUGUCGCCACCGACACUACCGCCGUCUCCCGUUCGACCUGGCCACGACGACAUCGGUGAGGUGCUGGCCGCACGGGGGGAGGUUCCGACGUAUUCGUCGAGCCAGGCGAUUGGGGGAGCAUCAGCCAUCGAUCUGACGGCACGGGUACUCACGAGGCCGUCUGAGCUAGCGCAUCGGCAACGAGACGACACCCAUCUGGGUCAGAUUCGCAAGGCAAUGGAGUUGACUCUAGCCAGGGGGGGAGUGGGUGCGACAGGUAUAGCGUAG